AAUGAUUCACAUUAUAUUUAUAUGAAAUAAUAAAGUGUUGCGUUUUCGCGGAAGAAAGAGGAACUAACGUUGAGAAAAUACGUACAGCUAUCUAGAGUAAGAUUUUAGUCUAUGUCCUCCCUCUUGCUUUGAAACAGGAAUACGUGUGGACACCUGUGCGUACGGCAAGCAGCAACCGUCUGUAUACGUGAGAGUGCAUGCGUGGGUGUCAUAGCAGGCGUUUCUUUAUCAAUAGAGAAAUGGUGCUCCCGCCUUGAGUGUUUCUUGAAUCGGCAAGUGUGAAUUUCUCAGUGAAAACUUGUGUCGGAAUUGAUUAAAAAAAAUUAGUGUUAUUAAAUGUAACCUGAAAAGCGUAUCUGUUUGUCGAAAUUGAACGUACAACUUGAUUGAUACAUGCACGCCAAACGUCAAAGGAAGGGAAAGAUAACAAAAACAUCUGUAUUGUUAACAUAAUAGAUACAUAAGGAUGAAAAAUAAUCGCGUCUUAAUAAUCGUAGAAAUCACGAUAGAGGGAUCUUUACUACCGGAAGCGUCAUGCUACUUCAUUUAACCGUUGAAGAUCCAUGAAAAUCUCUCUCAUGCGACAUCAUUUUUAUUCGAUUUCAAAGAACAAAAACUAUAUAUAUGAAAAAUUAUAUAUGAGUUAGUUACUCUGAUUGUUCAUCCGUUUGCCUGGUCGUCCACCCCUUCCAAACCGUCCUGACACAACGUUUAACGGGUGUAUAAAAAGAAUAAACAUGAUGGCGGCGUGAGAGAGAUAGAUAAGUGAGCAAGAGAAGGGAGAAGAAGAGAAAGAGAGAGAGAAAGAAAGAAAGAAAGAAAGAAAGAGAAGUCAGCCAGCCAGCUAGAACCAGCCAACCAGUCAGUGUGCCAGAAGCGACGAACUUUGUUUCGUGCUAUCUUUGUCUCAAUGAAAAAAAUUUAUCGUUCCUGAAUAUCCAUCUAUUUUUUUUGCAUUUAUCCGCUUUUAUAAAAUCAAAUAAAUCAACGAGAACAAUAAGUUUUUAUAAUUAAUGCUGAGAGAACGUUUCGCUUGUAAACAGUUAUCAAGGUGCGGCCACGUUCAUCGUGUUCGCGGUGUUUGCUUCGAUUUUCAUGCAUGCGGGGUCCACGACCGAGCGUGUGAGAAAUUCAGCAUAUCUGAACGUCUGGUAACACGGUGGCUUGAUUUCGAUUUUCUAGUGUUUUCGUAGAUGAUAAAAUGAUAUUUCACAGCCGGAAAUAUCCUAUAUGAUUCGAUGCCUUCUGAUAAGAAUCAUUCGUUGAAUUAUAACACGAGGAAACUUUGUUUGAAUUAAUAUAAUCUGAAUGAUUUAAAGACAAAGCCCAGGAAACGCGAUGUUGACGCAUGUAAAUAAAACAUAUGAUUAGAUGAAUAACUGCCCGAGAAGACUUAAGAAAUUGCUCUUUUUUAAUUAAUUCAUCGUAUAAGCAAAUUCUGCAUUUAAAAUUUACUGAACUGAAUUGAAUCUAUAGCUAUUAAUAGAAUCGAAAAGGCAUUUAUAACAAUUGAAUAAUUCUCCAUCGAUUAUUAACUGUUAUUUGAUGAGGAUCCAUUCAAAAACGAUUUAUUUUUGAAUAUUUUUUAUGGCAAAUAAUUCGAAUCGAAUCGUAUAUGGCUAUUUUGAUUAACGGUAAUUAUGCUUCAAGAGAGGUGAAUUUCGUUGAGUGUGAAAAUCUAUUAUACGAAGGACGACAACGCUAUUAUUUCGUCAAAGAUUGACAUCGAGACGUUCGAGAAAUUCAUCUGUUUAAGGGAAUAGAAUAUUCGAUGGAGCGAAAUCGUCCGUGUUGGCCGGCCUGGUGGCAAUAACCUCCAGUCAGAGAGGUGGCAGACAGUUUUCGCACGAUGCGUUUGCCCUCGUGCGCGAUAGAUUAUAAAAUUAGACGUUCGAAACUUCGUACGAAGGAAAAAAGAGCAAAAAUACAUGAUUCUCAUGCGGUAAAGAAGGUGGAGACACUGACUGGUGAUAACGAACGAAGGGUCAAGCGACGAAAGGAAUUAAUACAAGUCGGAUGAAUAAUUUCGAGGGAGGUAGACAGCUGUGCAUAGUCAGAAGUGACGUCAGUCGCGUUGGGUUCAUAGUUCCUCUUAUUUUUCUCACUCGGAGCUGCGUAUAGAGACCGCGUGCGAAGGGGCGACAAUGAAAGCAGCAAAUAAACGAAAAUAAAGAAAGAGCACGUCAAUGACCAAGCGAAAAUAAGAAAAAAUACAAAGUCAAGUUUUCGAUGAACGAUAAUUAUCUAACUCGCACUCGUUACGUAGUGAAAAGAAUCAUCACAAUUUCUAGUCUGUUGCAUUUACAUCGAGAAAUCUUUUUUUUUCAUUUCUCGACGAAAUAUUUUUAAAUCGAUUCUAUUUCAAAUUGCACGUGCUAUGUAUCAUCGCCAUCGUGGAUCGAAACACGUUCGAUGCGCUCUUGUAACGAUGCGCAUUUAUCGAGCACGCAUCGCAGACUGUUCGUAACGCUUCGUCUUAGAAGAUUUGAUAAUUUCGUUAAAUAAUUAUCGUGCGAAGAUAACAACGAAAAAAAAAAAAAAAGAAAAAGAAAAAGAAAAGAAAAGAAAAAAGUAGCAUUUCAUAAUUCAGUAGUUUAUUUUAAACACUGAGAAUGAGACUGAGAUACAAUUAUUAAAUCUUUUAGUCGAUUAAUUUAUUUGAGGCGAACGAGUUCGUUGAAAAGUAAUUACGGAAUCGGCAAGUUUGACCAAAUUUACUUCUAUAUUAUAAAUAUUACAUACAGAUAUAAUAAACUAAAUUGAUAUAAAUCUGCAAAUCUUCUUAGAACAAGAGAGAUCGAAGUACGACGAGCAAUAAAUACGAUUGCUUUUAAAAUUAGGAUAUUAAUCUCAACGAACCAAUAUGUUUUUUAUCCAAACGACAAUACAUCGUGGCACGUUAGAACGAACGAUAUUAGUUGAAAUUGCAAAAGAAGAAAGAUAUUGAGGGAAAUAAAAAAGGAGCGUUCGCGAUCGAUGCACUUCACCCUGUUGAAUUGUAUCUGUACGAGUGGUCAUCCAAUGGUUGCUUAUUUCGUUUUCUUUGAUACGCGACCUAACGGUCUGUCCGAGAAGAAACGACACACGCUUCAAUAUCAUCGUCAAAUGGACACAAAUGACUAGCUUAACAUUAUCUUCGAGCACGUUCGAGAUGCCCCGGUCCAGAUCAAAACUGUUCGUACCCGCGAACGCGAUCUCAACACAGACGUACAACACACCAUCAAGUGAGAACAAUCAUCUGCCACCCUUGAAGGGUAGCACAUUGGCGCUGAAGCAGCCUGCCAGUGAGUCGUCGCCUAGCUACUUGACCCGAACCAGUCACAUGGCCGGUACUCAUCUUCCGAGUUUAAGUUCCAGCGCCAACAACAGCUUGCUCAGCCUGACCGGGAACUCCGAUAGCUUGAACCUGAGCCUGAGUUCGCACACGAGCCACAACUCGAGCCACAACUCGAGCCAUAAUUCGAGCCACAAUUCGAGUCAUAAUUCGAGUCACAACAAUUCCAGUCAUAACUUCACUCAUAAUUCCAGUCAUAAUUUCAGUCACACCACCGCUCACGAGUCGCAACAACACGCGCAAUCGAAUAGCCAAUCAAGCACCGCGUCAGUGGUGAAGAAUGGAUGUUCGAACGGAAGUUCCUGCGGCAGCGGUAUCCGCAAGCCGAAGACUAUCAUCGCCACACCGGACGUCGUGUUGAAGAUCUACGUGGACAAGCUGACGCCGUACGAGCACCACGAGAUUUUCAAUUAUCGGCAUAUUUAUUUCAUUGGGGCGAACGCGAAGAAGAGGCCAGGGAUAAUCGGUCGACCUCAUAACAAUGGCUACGACAACGAACAUGGUUCCUACAUCCACGUGACGCAUGAUCACGUGGCCUAUAGGUACGAGGUGCUGAAGGUGAUCGGUAAAGGUUCGUUCGGUCAGGUUGUAAAGGCGUACGAUCACAAAAAGCAGGAGCAUGUCGCCCUGAAGAUGGUGAGGAACGAGAAGAGGUUCCAUCGUCAGGCGCAGGAGGAAGUGAAGAUAUUGAGGAAGCUACGCGAACAGGAUAAGGACGACACGAUGAAUAUCAUUCAUAUGUUCGAUUCGUUCACGUUCCGUAACCAUAUGUGCAUCACCUUCGAAUUACUCGGUAUUAAUCUGUACGAGUUGAUCAAGAAGAACAAGUUCCAGGGGUUCAGCAUGCAGCUUGUGAAGAAGUUCGCGCAUUCGCUGCUACAGUGCCUCGAUGUUCUCUACAAGAACAGGAUCAUACAUUGCGACAUGAAGCCGGAGAAUGUUCUCUUGAAGCAGCAGGGACGCAGUGGUAUCAAGGUGAUAGACUUUGGUUCGAGCUGCUACGAGAACCAACGCGUCUACACGUACAUUCAAAGUCGCUUCUAUCGCGCGCCAGAGGUGAUCCUGGGCGCGAAGUACGGAAUGCCAAUCGACAUGUGGAGCCUCGGUUGCAUCUUGGUGGAGCUGGUUACCGGUUUCCCGCUGCUGCCAGGCGAAGACGAGUCCGACCAGCUGGCCUGUAUCAUCGAGUUGCUAGGCAUGCCUCCGCCUCAGCUGUUAGAAUCCGCGAAACGGUGUAGGCAGUUCAUCAGCUCCAAGGGUUAUCCACGCUAUUGCACCGUUAUAACCAUGUCCGACGGUUCGAUCGUGUUGAACGGCGGUUUCUCGAGGAAAGGCAAAGACCGUGGCCCACCCGGGUCCAGGGAUCUGAGGCAGGUAUUGAAAAAUUGCGACGACCCGUAUUUCCUCGAUUUCAUUCAUCGCUGCCUGAAGUGGGACCCGGAACAGCGUAUGACGCCCGGCAAAGCGUUGAAACACAGAUGGCUGCGCCGUAGAUUGCCAGAGCUUCCAAAGAAAACGAACGACGCUUUGCCCGCGUUGCCGGCUGCCUCCGCGCCGCCCACCUCCGCUUCCGGCCUCCGUACUUCCGCGUCCGGUAGCAAAAGUUCGACCAAGUCGAGCACGUUGCAGUCGACCAACAAUACGGAGAAUAAUACGAACAAGGUGAAGCAGUUGAACGACAUCUUCCAUACCAUGUCUACCAUAUACUCGGCAUUGCAACGUAACGACGGUGGAAGAGGAAGAGGAAGGGAUCAAACGGUGGCGAGCAAUCAUCAAGCGACCGUCAGCAGUCAUCCGUCGCUGAACUCUAUUAGUGGUGAUGCUAGUAGUGGUGGUGGUGGUGGUGGUGGUGGUGGUGGUGGUGACGGUAGUAGCAGUAGUACUAGUGGUAGUCAACAGCAAUCGCAGCCACAGCAACAACAACAGCAGCAACAACCGCAACAACAGCAGCCUCAACAGCAGCACAGUCAUCAAACGAAACAGCAGCACAACAACGGCUCGCACGGAUCUCACGGGUCCCAAGGGUCGCAUGGUUCUCAUGGAUCCCACGGAUCCAACGGAUGGAGCAUAUCGUUUCUCGAGUGGCUCGAGACGGUGGACAAUGAUUAGCAAGGACAUUAUCGUGGAACUGAGACGAUUCAUCGAAACACGAGAUCGCUCUUAUUACUUUUUUCUAACACGUUUACCGAUGUUGCCGUGAUCGCCCGUGACCUCGUGUCUCGAUGAUUUGUCUCAGAUCGACUGACUAUCUUGAUGAUGUCGUCUCUCGACACGCGUUGUAAGUACCCGUUGUCGAACGACACCGAGAUAUUAACGGUGUUCCUGCCUGUGUGGUAAUAUGUGGUCGCUCGUUACGAGAAAAAGAUUCCUCGGAGUCAAGGAGAGAGAGAGAGAGAGAGAAAGAGAGAGAGAUAGCAGUGGCCUCAUCUUCGACCUCCGGAUACUACUGUGAUCUACGCGAUAUGUUACUACAAAAAGCGAAAAGCGAAAAAAAAAGAAAAAAAAGAAAAAACCGAAAAAAAAUGAAAAAAAAAAGGAAUAACGACAAAGAGAACUGAAGCUGAAGGGGGUGAAGGAACUGGGAAAAAAUCAAUCGCGAUACCUCGAAUCAUGUACCUCACCUAGCUUGGCGACGUUGCUUCGCGUUGCUCUCCAAUUUGCUUGUUGUCUCAAGAUCCAUUUCUCGUUUGCUCGAGAGGGAGGAGGGGGUGUGCACGAUCCGGUUGCUUAGUCGGGGACGAUUGCUUUUUAGGCGUUCGUUUUUCCGGCCGAUUACCGGAUUCGCUAAGAUCAGCGCCUCCCUUGUUGUAUACACGUUAACAACGAGUUACGUUCACGCGUCGCAUCCUAAUAUAACGUAAAUAGGAAGGAUAAUAGGCAAUAGGAGGUUAUCGUGCCAAGGGGGAUGGCAAAGAUUUGCGCCAUGUCGAUGAAUCGAUUCUCCCGAGGUGAGAAGUAAUAGUCGAGAGGGUUUAUUUAGUUGACGCGAACCCGACCCCUAUCUCUAUAACUAUAUAUAUAGACACGGGGAAGGAAGGUCGCGCGGCGAACUUCGUUUAUGUGGAUAGAUCUAGACGUUAUAGCGAGGCGCCGCGAUACGACGAGGAGGGUGGCUUUCACGUUCAGCGAGAGAUCUAAUAAUCGGGGGGCAUGGCAUCUCGCUGAAUAGAGUCAUCCAAGAUGGUUUUUAGGUCAGAAGAUUCCACCGUAAUGCUAUCAAUAUCGAGCGGAAGGAAAGGUUGAUUUUCCAUCGAGCGGGCAACCGUUAAUUGUUAAUUAAACGAGGUCAAGUUUGUCCCCCAGUUCGAACGAGGCGUCGAUCGAACGACGUCGAGGAAAAAAAUCACGAUGCUCUUUUUUUUUUUUCCCUCUCUUUCUUCUUUCUUUUUUUGAGAAUACAAAGGAACGAUCAUUGAUAUCGGAUUGAAAGAAACUGAAAUUGAUAAGAUAGGAGUGUGUGGAAUAAUAAUAUAUGUUGCGCGUUUAUGUUUCUUUAUCCGUGUUUGUUAAUUUUUUUUUUUUUUACUUGUUUUUUUUUUAUAUUUAUUUAACAUUUCAAAGCAAAUAUUUAUCCGCGUUAAAUUAUUUCGUGCUAAUACGAACUUUGAUCCUACGAUUCCGCGAGCAAUUCUUUCCCUGUCGGACUAAAAAAAAAAACAGAUUGCGAGGGAAUGAAAAAUGGGAAUCGUGCUUUCGUGGCUUGAUAAACGCACAUGUUAGCAAUUUAUAUGGCUAAUAUUUUUAUGAUAAUACUCGUCCAAUUUUAGAAUUGAAUUAAGAAGACUCGCUCGCAAUCGCUUCAUCCUUGAACUUUCUUCUCGUUCGUUCCUAAUAAUGCGAUUUAGACUAAUUUUUUUUUUUUUUUUAACUUUUUCCAUUUUUCUAAUUCUAAGCAAAUGUUAAUCAAUAUUUUUAAGAUCUUUUAUCGACCAAUAAUAUUUUUUUAAUCUUAAGAUCAUUCGACAACUGCCCCCGAAUUAUUGCAUUACACGUUUCAUAAUUCCUUUUUAUCAGCAUUUACACGUCAUCGAUUCGCACUCGCCAACGAAAGACUCGAGGGUCGUUAUUCUCUUAAUCUUGCAUUUCAUAUCAAUCUCUUGCACAAUGCAUUUAUCGCGAGAAUCGGAUCGGAUCGAAAAACGAUUCGGGAGAUUCGAAUUUCGCGCCUUCGCCGUUUGAACGGAAACUCGCCCCGGGCGAAAAAUUCGUUUUGCGAUUCGAUAUCGUGCGACGAUAGAUUGCCCGAUUUAUUGCAUUUUAACGGGAAUUUUUUCAAAGGAAAACGAUGGUGGGGAACGAUCGAAUCGACAUGCGCAAAUCCCUGGAAGGAAAUCCUUCGAGUGUAAUCCGAUCACGACCCCGGCACAAAGCGAAAUCAUGCUAAUUUUAGUUCGAUAUGGAAUAGAUUGAAGACGAAGAAGGGGGCGAUCCUCGAUUAUAUUAUCGAAAGGAAACGUUGUGAAACGGGAGGAGACGCGUGCGAGAUGUGGAUGAGUGACUAUCACAAGGAGAGAACGAUGACGUAAUAAGCAAGGAUGUGAUGUAUCGAUGAUAAGGGAGGGGAGGGGGAAGAAGAGAACCAUCGAGGCGAAAAAUAAGAAAAGAUGGCGAUAAAUUAGCCAACGAUCAAUUAUGUGAAAAAGGGGAAA